AUGGCCAGUCCUACUGUACUUACCUUUGACGCUGAGGGCCGCCCGAUUAAGUUCGAUGUUUGGCUCGAUGACCUUCACCUCUACCUUCAGAUCACCGCCAAGGACGAUAUUUCUCUUUAUGACCACACGUCCGGCGCCGCUCCCGCACCUGCUGCUGAUGCUGAUAGCACCUUGCGCUCGCAGUGGCAGACCCGUGACGCUCAUGCUCGCCUAGCCGUUCGCAGCCACCUGCCGUUAGAUGAGCGCGAGCAUUUUGGCCAGCAUAAGACCGCCAAGGCUCUGUACGACGCCAUAGUCGCUCGCUACUCCUCCCCUGCCACUGCUACUAUAGGCCGUCUCUCACUGCCCUACCUCUUUCCCGACCUGUCCGCCUUUGCCACUGUCGCUGACCUCAUCACCCACCUCCGUACCAGUGACCUCCGCUACCGUGCCGCGCUCCCCCCCGAUUUCCUCGCCAAGAACCCCCCCCCCCUCCCGAUGUACCUCACACUGUACCACCUUGUCACCCGCCUCCCUGACUCCCUUCGCACUGUCAGGGACCAGUUUCUCGCUCUCUCCCCCACUGACCUCACUGUCGACCUCCUCGAGAAGGAACUCCUAGCAGCUGAGAAGAGUAUUGUAGCUGUAGGUGCCUCUCGUGGUGACCCCCGCACCCCCUUCUUUGAGGGGUGUUCCCCUUCCCCCCUUCUCCCCUCCAUUGCAUCUGCUGCUGCUGUCGACUACCUCGGAGCUGAGGGAGUCGGGACUGCGUCUACUCCCAGUGGCAGGCGCAAGAGCGGCAACGGCAAGGGGGGCAGGGGUGGUGGAGGUGGAGGUGGGGGCGGCGGCGGUGGAGGGGGUGGGGGGGGCGGGGGUGGUGGCGGAAGUGGGAGUGGCGCGGGUGGUGGGGGGGUCAGUGGCGGCGCAAGGGGUGGUGGCGGCGGCGGCGGUGGUGGGGGUGGGGGUGGUGGAGGAGGUGGUGGCAGUAGUGGCGGUGGUGGAGCGGGUGGCGCGCGCGGUGGAGCGGUGCAGCGUGGGGGGUUCGGAGGUGGCCAGAGGCAGCCGCAGCAGUGUACUGGCGAGACUCCCUCGCCCCACCAGCUUCGUGAGUGGUACUCUCACCGUGGGGGGUCUGGGGGUGGAGGUAUUUGCUCGUACGUCAUCCGCACAGGUGAUCGCGCUGGCCAGACUUGUGGGAGGUUCCACCCGGCACAGCGCUGCUUCUCUCGCCUCGAUGACGCCUGGCGCGAGCAGUUCCCUGACGCCUCUGAGCUGCCUCGCUGGGCUGAUCUGCUUAGGAAGGGAAAUGAUGUUUUUGCUCUUGAUUAUGAUGCUAUCCUUGCUGCCAUGUAUGCAUUGACUAUUAGUGCUGAGGGUGACUGUUACCUGAGUGUGCCGCCUGACCCAGGUAUUGGUACUGGUAUGGCUGCUGCGCUAGGUGCUAGUGCGUCUGCGUCUGCUGGUACUGAGUCUGCUACAGCACUGCACACCUUCACCCUGGACUCAGGUGCUUCCCGCUGUUUCUUUCGUGACCGCACUGUCCUUGAGCCACUCGCUCGGCCUGUUGCUGUCUCCCUUGCUGACCCCUCUAGUAGCCCGGUCCUUGCGACCUCCUCCACUGUCCUCCCUUGUCCUGCGGCCCCGUCUGGCACUUUGUCGGGUCUUUACCUCCCCUCGUUCUCUACGAACUUGGUGGCGGGCUCUGCUCUCCAGGACGGGGGUGUUCACCAGUUCACCCCUGCCUAUGAGCGAGUGACCCACUGUACGUGUGCUCGGACGGGUCGCCACCUGGCUACCUUCACUCGGCAGCCGGGGUCCGACCUGUACACACUGACCACUGAGUCCCCUCAGGUAGCUGCGUCUGCGUCUGCGUCAGGUCAGCUGUCGGCUCCCUGCUCGUGUCGCUCCCUGUCGCACCAGACCGUCCUCUGGCACCACCGCCUUGGUCACCCCUCCGUGCAGCGCCUUCGUGGCAUGCACUCCCGUUACCUUGUCUCUGGUCUUCCCAGAGUUCUCCCUCCCCUCCCACCCUCGCCUGCUCCUCCCUGUCUUCCCUGUGUCGAGGGGCGGCAGCGCGCCACCCCUCACUCCUCCUCGUUCCCUCCCACAGAGGCUCCUCUGCAGACUCUUCACCUGGACGUGUGGGGCCCAGCCCGCGUCCGGGGACAGGGCCACGAGCGGUACUUCCUGCUGGUCGUCGACGACUACUCGCGCUACACCACGGUCUUCCCCUUGCGCGCCAAGGGUGAGUUUUCCUCUGCCCUCCUGGCUGCCUACUGUGCGGAGCACGGCAUCCGCCAGACUUUCACUCUUCCGGACUCCCCACAGCAGAAUGGGGUUGCUGAGCGCCGGAUUGGUUUAGUCAUGGAGGUCGCUCGUACCUCCAUGAUCCAUGCGGCUGCCCCCCAUUUCCUGUGGCCGUUUGCAGUGCAGUACGCCGCGCAUCAGCUCAACCUUUGGCCCCGUGUCUCUGCUCCGGAGACCUCGCCCACACUGCGUUGGACGGGGGAGGUUGGCGAUGCGUCGGUGUUCCGUGUCUGGGGAUGCCGAGCCCUUGUUCGCGAUACGUCCGCGGACAAGCUCUCCUCCCGUGCCGUUCCCUGCGUCUUCCUUGGCUUUGUCCCUGACGCGCCUGGCUGGCAGUUUUACCACCCCACCUCGCGCCGUGUCUUUGCCUCUCAGGACGUCACCUUUGACGAGUCGGUACCCUUUUACCGUCUCUUCCCCUACCGCACUGCCCCCCUCCCUCCCCCGCCGCUGUUCCUCGCUCCAGGUCCCCCUUCGCUAGUACCCCCUCCCCCUCAGGGUCCUGCUCCCUCAGGUGUCUCUCAGGUAGACCCUCCUCCUGUCGCUGAGCCUGUCGAGGUCACAGGUGACUCAGGUGCUGCUGCAGGUGGUACUGCUGGGGGUGCUGAGCCUGGGGGUGCUGACACUGGGGGUGCUGAGCCUGCGGGUGCGGAGCCUGGGGGUGCUGAGCCUGGGAGUGCUGAGCCUGGGGGUGCGGAGACUGGGGGUGCUGAGCCUGGGGGUCCUGGGGCUGGGAGUGCUGAGCUUGGGGGUGCUGGGCCUGGGGACGCUGAGCCUGGGUUUGGUGAGCCUGGGGGUGCUGAGCCUGGAGGUUCUUGCGCUGCUGGUGCUACCACUAGAGCUGGAGGUUCUGGAGCUGCUACGGACACUGGCGCUGCGGGUUCUGAGUCUGCUGUUGCGCGGUCUCCUUGGAGUAGCCGCCUUCGUACGCGUGUGCCUCUCACCUCCCAGCAGCUGCGCGACUGGUACGGUCGCCGUCAGCGUCGCGCUCCUGUGGCUCGGGACCCUGCUCCUGGCUGUGCUUCCACUGACGUCACUGGAGCUGCGGGUGGUGCUGGUUUGUUGUCUCCUGGGGGUGCCCACGUCGCUGGUCCCGGAGGUGCUCGUACCGCUGGUACUCGAGCUGCUGGGGCUGGUGGUGCUGUGUCUGAGGGUCCUCCUCCUGGGGACGUUGCGACUGGGGGUGCUGGUUCUGGAGGCGCUGCGACUGGUGGAGACGGUCCUGGAGGAGUUGCUGCUGGGGGUGGUGGAGCUACUGGAGGUGCGGGAGCUGCUGUGGGUGCUGGAGCUGCUGGUGCUGGUGACACUACACAGACGCGCUUGUUCUUCGCUCCGCCGUCUUCGUCGUCUCUGCCACCUCCUGACUCUGUCCUUCACCAGGUUCUUAGUCUUCCGUCUUCUACCGGUCUUCCCCUCCUGCCUGACUCACCGCUUCCUGCUCCUUCUCCUUACACUGAGCAGUCAGGAGGUCUUACUGAGCGUCGUGAGCCUGCGUCUCGUCCUGUCUCGCCAGUUUGCUCUGGUCGCACCGUUCGUCGUGGUCCGCGUUCGCGGUCGCCGUCUGUCCCCCGCACGCGCCUUGUCGUUUGUUGUUCUUCCUCUGUUCCGCAAUCUGUUCCUCUGCCGUCCCCUCCUGCGUCGUCUUUGCCUCACGUUCCGGACCCUGAGUCUGACCGGUUUCGUGCUGAGCACCCUAUUGUCACGCGUCUGCUAGCCACUGUUGUCACUGACCCCUCGUUUGAGUCUUCUGCUGCGUCUGCCUUGGUCGCUGAGCUAGUUGACUUUGCUGCUGCCUGUCGUCUAGACUACGCUGCUAGCCUUGUUGCUGAGUUUGAGUCUGUCUGUCCUCCGUCCGUCGGGGGUGAGUGUGCUCUUGGCACGGACGUCCUUGAGGACAGGCACGAGGACCUUGAGUGUCUUGCAGCCGCUGCGCCUCAUCUCGUGGCCAUGCUGCUUGCCCCUGAGGGAGACCCGGAUGCUAUAGACAUCCCUACCCCGCGAUCUUACGUGGAGGCGAUCGCGGGUCCAUACUCCUCUCAGUGGCAGGCAGCCAUGGACGCAGAGAUGGCAUCCUGGAAGUCCACUGGCACUUACGUCGACGACGUUCCCCCUCCUGGGGCGAACAUCGUCAGUGGCAUGUGGAUUUUCAGGGUGAAGCGGCCGCCGGGUUCUCCGCCUGUCUUCAAGGCUCGUUACGUUGCUCGAGGCUUCAGUCAGCGAGAGGGAGUCGACUUCUUUCAGACCUUCUCCCCCACCCCGAAGAUGACCGCUCUUCGGGUGCUGCUGCACGUUGCCGCUCAGCGUGACUACGAGCUUCACUCUCUUGACUUCAGCACAGCUUUCUUGCAGGGCAGUCUGCACGAGGAGAUCUGGCUGCGCCGCCCUCCUGGCUUCACUUGGUCGUUUCCUCCUGGUACCCAGUGGAGCCUCCACCGGCCAGUCUACGGUCUCCGCCAGGCGCCACGUGAGUGGCACGACACACUGAGGACUACACUUGCGGCUCUUGGGUUCGCGCCUUCUACUGCUGACCCGUCGCUGUUUCUGCGCUCCGACACUUCACUGCCGCCGUUCUACAUCCUCGUGUACGUCGACGACUUGGUCUUUGCUACUGCUGACACUGAGGCUCUCGCCCACGUGAAGUCCGAACUGCAGAAGAGACACACGUGCACAGACCUGGGUGAACUGCGCAGCUACCUUGGCUUGCAGAUCACCCGGGAUAGAGCACGCCGCACCAUCACACUGACUCAGUCACACAUAGUGCAGCAGGUCCUUCAGCGCUUCGGCUUCACCUGGUCCUCAGCACAGGCCACUCCUCUGGCUAUAGGUCACUCGCUCUCAGCUCUGCCUUCGGAUGAGUCCGUAGAGCCGAGUGGUCCUUACCCAGAGCUAGUUGGUUGCCUCAUGUACCUGAUGACUUGCACUCGUCCUGACCUAGCGUACCCUCUUGGCCUUCUGGCCCGCUACGUGGCUCCUGGCAGGCACCGAAAGGUGCACUGGGAUGCUGCAAAGAGGGUAUUGCGCUACUUGUGCAGUACAUCGGGCAUGGGGCUCGUGCUUGGAGGAGGGAGCCCAGUUGUUCUCACUGGGCACUCAGAUGCUUCUUGGGUUGACGACCAGGCUACACAGCGGUCGUCACAGGGUUACACCUUCAGUCUUGGCUCUGGCUUCGUUUCUUGGCGUUCUACACGUUCUUCUUCAGUUCUCAGCUCUAGUUGUGAGGCUGAGAUCUACGCCACAGCCAUGGCUGCAGAGGAGUUACGCUGGCUGACCUACCUGCUGACCGACCUUGGAGAGCGGCCUCGUUCUCCUCCAGUGCUAUACGUCGACAACAAGGCUGCCAUUGCCUUGUUGAUCAUCAGCGUUUCUGCACUUUGUUAG